AUGGCCAUCGCGGCAGCCCUCGCCUCCCUGCAAAGGAGCGCUGUUGACCAUCCGCUGCAGUCGCUAGCUGUCGCCGCUCUCCUUGUCCCUAUCAUCUAUGUCAUCAUCAACGAGUUCAUCCGGGCGUCUGCCCGUGUGCCCGGCUUCAAGGGCCCGCGCGGUCUGCCGUUGAUAGGAAACCUCGCCCAGAUCCGCACAAACGCCGCCGAACAGUAUCGCCUCUGGUCCAAGACCUACGGACCCGUGUACCAGAUCCAGCUGGGAAACAUCCCUGUGAUUGUCGUAAACUCGGCGGCCGCAGCCAAGGUGCUUUUCGGACAGAAUGCGCAGGCCCUCAGCUCUCGUCCGGAAUUUUAUACCUUCCACAAGAUCGUCUCCAACACCGCCGGCACAACCAUCGGCACCUCCCCGUACAGCGACUCGCUGAAGCGGCGCAGAAAGGGCGCCGCGUCCGCCCUCAACCGCCCAUCGGUCGAGUCUUACGUGUCCCACCUGGACGUGGAAUCGAAGGCCUUCGUCGCGGAGCUGCUCAAGUACGGCGACGCGGGCAAGACCCCCGUCGACCCGAUGGCCAUGAUCCAGCGUCUCAGUCUGAGCCUCGCGCUGACCCUCAACUGGGGCGUGCGUGUCGCCUCCCAGGAGGAGGAGCUCUUCGACGAGAUCACCCACGUCGAGGAGGAGAUCAGCAAGUUCCGCAGCACGACCGGCAACCUGCAAGACUACGUGCCGCUGCUGCGGCUGAACCCGUUUAGCUCCAACUCGCAGAAGGCGAAGGAGAUGCGGAACCGUCGCGACAGGUACCUGAACGGGCUGAACCGGGAUCUGGACGACCGCAUGGAGAAGGGCAUCCACAAGCCGUGCAUCCAGGCGAACGUCAUCCUAGAUAAGGAGGCGAAGCUCAACGCGGAGGAACUCACCUCCAUCAGCUUGACCAUGCUGUCCGGCGGGCUGGACACCGUGACCACGCUCGUUGCGUGGAGCAUCGGCAUGCUGGCGAAGCGCCCAGACAUCCAGGAGAAGGCGUUCAAGGCGAUUGGCGAGUUCUACGGCGAGGACGAGCCGAUGUGCGACGCCCACGACGACCAGAAGUGCGCCUACGUUGCUGCCUUGGUGCGGGAAUGUCUGCGAUUCUUCACCGUGCUCCGUCUGGCCCUCCCCCGCACCUCCAUCCGAGACAUCACCUACAACGGCGCCGUCAUCCCCAAGGGCACCGUGUUCUUCCUGAACGCUUGGGCCUGCAACAUGGACCCCGAAGUCUGGCACGACCCCGAGGAAUUCCGGCCAGAGCGCUGGCUCGAGCAGCCCGACGCGCCCAUGUUCACGUACGGCAUGGGCUACCGCAUGUGCGCGGGCUCGCUGCUGGCCAACCGCGAGCUGUACCUGGUGUUUAUGCGCACGCUGAACAGCUUCCGCAUCGAGUCGGACGAGGACAUCAACUGGCACCCGGUGAAGGGGAACUCGGACCCGACGAGUCUGGUGGCCAUCCCGCAGAAGUACAAGGUGCGGUUUGUGCCGCGGAGCGAGAAGGUUCUUGCGCAGGUGGUGGCGUAG